AUGCCUGCUCUACUAUUGAGUUAUCGACACCUUCCUUCUAAUCUCAAGAGAUGCUUUGCUUAUUGUGCAUUAUUUCCAAAAGAUUAUGAAUUUGACAAGAACGAAUUAAUUUUGUUGUGGAUAGCUCAAGAUUUUCUCCAUUGCUCUCAACAGAGCAACAAUCUAGAAGACAUCGGCCAACAAUAUUUCAAUGAUUUACUAACGAGGUCUUUCUUUCUUCAAUCAGAUUUAAAAACUUGUUUCUCCAUGCAUGACCUUCUGAAUGAUUUGGCAAAAUAUGUUUGUGCGGACUUCUGUUUCAGGUUGAAAUUUGAUAAAGGAAACUGCAUACCCAAAACAACCCGUCAGUUUUCAUUUGCAUUCUGGGACGUAAAAUAUUUUGAUGAGUUUGGGAGUUUAACUGAUGCUAAAAGACUGCGUUCUUUUUUUCCAAUUAAAGAAAUUGGGAGAAGAUAUAUUGGUCAUUAUCCUUUGCAAUUCAAGAUUUUGGUACAUGAAUUGUUUUCCAACUUUAAGUUUUUACGUGUACUAUCUUUGGAUAAAUAUUAUGAGCUUAGAGAAGUCCCUGAUUCUAUUGGUGAUCUUAAACAUCUCCAUUCUUUAGAUCUUUCGAGAACUGGGAUACAAAAACUACCUGACUCAAUAUGUUUGCUCUAUAAUUUGCUAAUAUUGAAGUUGAACUAUUGUUCAAGUCUGGAGGAGUUGCCCUUAAAUUUGCAUAAACUCACCAAAUUGCGUUGUCUUGAAUUUAAAUAUACAAAAGUGACAAAGAUGCCAAUGCAUUUUGGAGAGUUGAAGAAUCUUCAAGUACUCAACACGAUCUUUUUCGAUAGAAAUAACGAGUUCAGUACUAAGCAUCUAGGAGGGCUCAAUCUUCAUGGAAGACUAUCAAUUAAUGAGGUGCAAAAUAUUGUAAAUCCUGUAGAUGCAUUAGAAGCAAAUAUGAAGAAUAAAGAUCUUGUGAAGUUAGAGUUAAAAUGGAAGUCAGACCAUAUCCCUGAUGAUCCAAGGAAAGAAAAGAAAGUAUUGGAGAAUCUACAACCUUCCAAAAACGUGGAACAUUUGUCAAUAGAGAACUAUGGUGGUACAGAAUUCCCAAGUUGGGUAUUUGAUAAUUCAUUAUCAAAUUUGGUGUUCUUAAGGUUGGAGGACUGUAAAUAUUGCUUAUGUAUACCUCCCCUUGGACUUUUGUCAUCUCUGAAAACCCUUGAAAUUGUAGGGCUUGAUGGAAUAGUGAGCAUUGGUGCUGAAUUUUAUGGGAGCAGCUCUUCCUCAUUUGCAUCUUUGGAAAAGCUCAAAUUUUUAAACAUGAAGGAAUUGGAAGAAUGGGAAUAUAUGAUUGGUGCUUUUCCACGUCUUCAAAUUCUCAGGGUGUGUGUAUGUCCCAAGCUAAAGGGUAUGCCAGAACAACUUCUUCAUGUAAAGCAUCUAUAUAUAAGUUGCAGCAUGAUAACAUCCUCCCACAAAAUUGUAUCUCAUAAUUCUCUUGAAGCCUUGAACUGUUGUGCUUUUACAAUUAUGAAUUUUCCAAUGAGCCGUAGCUAUGAUUUGCUUGCAAAGAUUGAGAUCAUUGGCAGUUGUGAUUCUCUAACAACCUUUCCACUUGAUUUCUUCCCAAACCUUAAGGCUCUUUUACUGGUUGGGUGUCGUAACCUACAAAUUAUUUCACAGAAGCACACUCAUAAUCGUCUCAAGCAUUUGUCAAUUAGCGGUAGCUCUCGAUUUGACUCAUUUCCUAGUGAAGGUUUAUCUGCUCCGCGGCUACAGACAAUUGAUAUUUAUGGAGCGGAGAUUUGA